AUGACUGAAGCACCUUCAGACACAGCUAAUCAUCAACGUUUGGAUGAGAUGUUGCUUCAUCUUACUCCGAAUGGUGCUGUGGUACCAUAUUCAGCGUGCAUAGACAAGGAUGGGCAUUUUUGGGUGGCUUCAAAGGGUGGAUUAUUUAAAUUUGAUGGAAAUUCACAUUCAUUAAUUGUUGAGCGUAAGAACACGUUUCCUAAGAAGAUGAUGCCGUAUUGUCAAGUUCAUACAUAUCAGGAUAAGGUAGCUUUAUUACCUAAAAUAUCUCAAUUUGUGUUUUAAAUUUAGGUGAUUCACAUUCAAACCGGGGAAGGAGAUUUGACUGAAUAUAGAGUGCUAUCUCUUGAUGGGCAAGUUGAAGUUGAGCAGAUUUUUGAUGGCAAAAUCCAGGGUUUUGUCAUCAGUGAACAAGGUGACAUGUACAUGACGAAGCAGCCUGUAGCUGGUGAAGAUUAUGUUAUUUACAAGACUAGUUUUGAUUGCCCGAUUGGAUGGACGGAGUUAUCGACUGCUUAUGAUUAUUGUUUCCAAGCGCUGUGCUUGUACGAUGAAAAUACGUUGGUAGCGGCUACUACUACUGUUCCUUUGAAUAUUUGUUCAAAGUAAGUGUUUAAGUUACAUUUUUCUAAUAGUUUUAGGUAUUUUAUGGUUUGAAGGGAAAGAAAAUGUCUGCCUUUUGGCUCUCAUAUUGCUUUUAAAGGAGAAGUCAAUUAAAAAAUCAAGUUUUUAGGCAAACUCUGAAGAUAAUUGAUGCUAAUACAGGAAAGAUCAAGAAUUCUUUUAGUGAAGCUGGUAAAGAGGAUGGACAGAUCUUCUUUCCAAGGGCUAUCAAAAGGUAAGAGCAGGGCUAAUCGAAGGUGAGGGUAGACCUAUUAAAAUGUGAGGGUAGGAUAGGAGGGUGUGGUAGUGUUAUUUUGCAGAUAUGUUGUCUUUUUAAGUCAACAUUUUUUAAGCCUAAAAUUAAUUUUUAAGCCUAAAAUUUGAUCUUUAAGCUUAAAAUUGAUUUUUAUGCCUAACAUUUCAUUUUUAAGCCUAAACAACGUUUUAAGCUCAAAAUUUCAUUUACAAGCCUAAAUCUUCAUUUUUUAUUUUCUAAGUUUUAUUUCCAGAUACCACGACUCCAUCGUAGUAAUGGACAAAACCGGUCGAUUCCAAAGCUUCGACCUAGAAGGCAACUUUACUGGCAUAAGCGCUCAAAUCGACGCUUAUUUGAGUAACAGUUUCAUCGUGCAGAACGAUGAAGCCAUCAUCGUGUGCUCAGGAAUCGUCCAAAAGGCCGAUGGCGAGACAGUAUGUGAUGAUUGGUUGGAGAAGAUCAAAUUAGACGGAUCAAAGUGGCAAAAAGACGAAGUUACAACUGCUUAA